AAAAAGCACAUUUUAUCAGUUUCUUUGAGAAAACCAAAGGAAAUAACAAUGAUAAAUGUGACGGUGUAGUGGAAAAAUGUGCGUUUUUCUUUCACUGAGUUUGCUGGUCGGCGUUUCGUUAGCUGCGGAAGAUGCUGCAGCCAAAGUUCUACAAUAUGAAUUUCAAAGAAGUGGGAGCGCAAAGUACAAUUAUCACUUUGAGACCAGCAAUGGAAUAAAGAAAAGCGAAACUGGCGACGAAAUUCCCUCAAUUCACGAUGCAAAUAAUGAUGCAGCUUUGGCCAAGGGAUCGUUUUCUUACACAGGUGCCGAUGGUGUUUUAUACUCGGUUGAAUAUGUUGCUGAUGAGGCUGGAUUUCAUCCUGAAGGAGCUCACUUAAAAAUUCCACCUUUCACCCCAUGGAUUCCCGGACAGCCYAUCGACGAUGGACAGUAUAAAGAGGACAAAUCUGGUAACUACAAAGCAGAUGACUCCGGAAAAUACACUCCUGGCAGUGGAGAUAACGAGCAAAGCCCAUUUACCAGAUCGCGACAAAACCAGGACAAUUUUAUUUCUGGCGAAAGGAUACUGGAUACUUUUAGAACAACGCCUAAACCCCCCACGCCUGUUACGCAGAUUUACUUGCCAUCGACCAGCCCCAAAUAUAGUUCCGGGGAAAAUAUACUCGAUACCUUCCUGGAUGCAAAGAAAGCGCCUACUGUUACUCCUAAGUACUUGCCCGCAUCCAGUACUCCGGUUUAUGAGUCAGGUGAAAGCAUCCUGGAUGCUUUCCGGGAAUCUAAUAGACCCACUCCCGAGUACCUUCCAUCUUCACCCGAACCAAGCAGGUUUUACCGGACUGAAAAUCCUAUUGAUAGUGAUAUUAUCAAAAAGGCUUAUUUUAAUAAACCUACACCGCAUCCGGAUAUUCUUCUGCAUUCAACACCCAAGGAUGGUCCGCGAAGAUCCAAAGGAUCGGCCAAGCCGGUAGGAGAAGCCACCCGAAACAAACCCACUUAUGUGCGGUUUGAAAAGGAAAAAAAUAGCAAAUUAUCCAGAGGUGGUUUGAAAAAGUUGCAGGAAUAAUAACAUUAAGUGGAUUCUAGUUUAAAUAAGCAGAUGUUUUAUUAUUUGUACGCAGAGUUUAUAUAUUUUAUUUUGUUGAUUAUAUUUUAAUGAAUUUUUGAUGGAUGGUUCGAAGAACAGCAGCAUUAUAGUCAGAUUAUUAUCUACCAAAGAAAUCAAAUACCUAUGCUGCUGGUUAUCAAAAAGUAUUGUAUUAUUAUUAAAUAUGUUUUGUUAGAACUUAUGCUAGUCGCUGAAUUUUGAAUGAAUAAAACUUAAAAAACUGUUGAACAGUAA